GAGCCAGUAUCCUCCAGACUUUGUCUUCGCGUAGACGAUGCUGAGACCACUUGACAUGUCGUGGUCGUGGAACGAUCACUAUCAAACUAUGGCAAUCUAGAAUAACAAUGAGAGCUAGAAGAACUAACCCUAUGUAGCGCUAAGGUGAAUAAUAUUCCUGCAAAAAAAGAUGUCAGCCAAAAUGUCCGCUGGUCGCGCAGCGAAAAAGGCUGGCGCCGCGUUCGACGAUGAUGCAGUAGAUCGGAAAAGAGCGGACGGCACUCACCCUGCCGAUAGGAGGUUGCAGGAAGCUUUACAACUGGCGCAAAGUAAGGAGCCUUUCAUCUGGCAAACAAGGAGUGGUGACAAUGACGACGAGAAUGCAACAGCAACUGGUGAGAAUAAGACUCAACCACCAGAAUCAACGUCGAAGUCACCCUCGGACCAGGACGACGACGAAAUGCUCGAAGUGGACGAGUAUUUCUACGAACAUUUACUCAAAGACGCCGAAGACGAGAGCGAAGACGCUUUGAACGACCAAGACGUUCAGGUUUUCGCAGAGUUUUGCAGUCAUGACGAUGCAGUGGAUGAAAUGUUAUGGGAAACACAGGCGCAAAUCGAUAAGGAAAUCAACGAGCACGACGAUGCUGUAAAUCCACCAUACGAGUACGAGAAAUCGCCCACGACCUCGACUGCAGGGAGUGGUAGUACAACUAAUCCGAUCGUUAGCACGAUUUGUGAAGCAUCUGGUGCAAGCGGUGUCCGGUUUCGAGGUUCGUCUGAUUUGCUGAAAGAUAGCGAACAAAGCCACAAGAGCGAAAAUCAAACCAACAACGUCGCGUCUCCUGUAGGACCGCCAACUAUAGGAGGGACGCCGCUGGAGCAGGUGGGGGGCAGCAGCUCCUCGACUUCUGUGUCAAUGAUAUGGAUGUAGGUCAUUUUUUGCAUCCUGAACCUGACGGGUCGAUCCUUGUUACCGUGCUGCGUUCUCUUUCCAUACGGUGAAAUACAAGUAAGGAGUCGCUGAGUCACCGAGUGAGUCAGACACUUUUUACUUCGAUGAUUUCUUCUGGAAGGUAGCUCUACCGGCAGGAGGUGGAUGGAAAAAAGAAAAGCUACAAUUUUCAUAACUAAAACCAGAAAAAAAGUUACUCAUAGGCAAGCUGUUGUCGAAAUUUCCUUUGCAAGAACUGAAGCUCUUCCGUGCCCGCAUUGCUUCUGCCAACACGCCACAGGAGAAAAUGCAGCUCCUCAGAAUGCAGGUAGAUUUGACAAAAGUACUACUACCGUCAGGUUUAAGAUUCAGCAUUCCCUUUGUUAUCACAUACUGCGACAAGCAAAUGCCCUAGAAGAGAGAUUGCAACUUGUUCUACCCUAGUAUCCUACUUAUUCGCAACAGAUUGCAGAAUCGUACUUGCGCUUGACUGGAUGCAAGCUACGCAAAAGCCGUGGCCAAUCCUCGUCGCCACCAGAGGCUGGACGGCGUAGGGUCCGGAAACGAGACGUCAUUCGCAAGCUAUUGCUAAGGCUCGCACCAAAACCAAAACUUUCACUAUAUCAGUAUCCGCAUCCAUUGAAAUUAUCUCACCAUCUCCUCUACACGUUGUGCGCGAACUGAAUCACGAGGAGCUUUUCCUCCAUAUCCAUCGAGCUAGAUCUUCCUCUAUUCGAGAGGGAUCAGGCUCGGGUCGUGGCCAAGGUGGCAUGAGUCGAUAUGUGCUCCCCCUUUGUUCUAAUCACCCGGCGGUACGGCGACUGGGAGUUGGUUCAGCAGUUGAUCGAGGACAAAAAGCAAGAACCACGAUACAUCAAGUUUUUCGACAAGGUUUCGUUUACUUGCGGGAUAUUGAACGUGAUUCUGCUGUGCUACUUCAUCUUCGGACCGCGCAAAUUUCUCCUCGUCCCUUACCUUUACGAAAAGGCUUUCUUUGAUUCACCUAAUACUGCUAUACUUCAAGUCGUCAUCUUGUAGUGGUAGCCCACAGUCAAUAUUCCAAUCCACCUUCAAAGAUCUUUCUAACUCUUCUACACGUUGCAAUGGUGUGUUUUGAUGCCGUGUCGCAUCGUGAAGUAUCGACGGGAGAAAAACGAGUACUUUCUGUGGGACUUUUGCUACAGCGGCAAUUUGUUGCUGCUUCUCUAUCUGUGGGCGUUUCCUGACUCUCCUACGCUUUUUUGUGCUGCCUUCGGCGUCGCAUGUGGACCCCUUUUGAUGGCGAGUACGCUUUUCCGAAACUCCUUAGUCUUUCACUCGUGGGAGCAUUGCACUAGCGUACUUGAAUUGUUUUUUAGGUUUUAUUUUGAAGAAUUUUUGCUGUCAGCUUUAUAUUGUAGAAAGGGAUCAUGCAGUGGCAUUUUCCGGGAAAAAAAGUUCUCAUCCAUAGACGUAAUCUGAUCAUGUUCAGGUUUUCAUCCACGUGAUGCCUUUUCUCUGCUGUUAUCUCCUACGGCACGAGUCAGAAUCGAUUUCCUCCACGUCACUUUUUCGCGGUCGGCCACUGCAUUUCGCACAUUUUCAACCGGAAGCGGCGCAAGCGAGCUUCUUCAAUCUCUGCCUAUUACCGUUGCUUUUCUAUUUAAGGCUUGACUUCCAUCUCGAAGAUUACUGAAAAUGAAACUGAAGCUCAACAUUUCUUCGUUAGAAAAGUGCUAUUGAUAUUGAUUGGGUGUAUCUAUAUCUCAGGAAGUCUGUCCUAGCUCCUCUUCUUAUUCCAUGUUGGAUAGCAGCGGCUAAGUGAUGUUGUAGCACUACGUUUCGGUUCCCAUUUUCUAACGCAUAUUUGCCAGCAGGUUGUUAGCUACAUCGCUGUGUACUACAUCUGGCCGAUUCCGGAUGACCCUAGCUAUCUCAAUCUCUAUCGAUGGGUCUCGCGUGCACAAUGGGCUAAAAACAUUCUCAACAAGAUGCCAGGAGAUGCGAGGUAUGUCUUAUCGCAGCUAGUAGUUAUUCUUAUUCCACAUUCAAUUUCUCUGAAUGAACUACCAGAGGCCGCAGGUGAAGAAGGUGCCUUUUUUCAUUUUGACUCUUUUCCAACCAGCACGACCACCCAUCCGCCUCCAUCUUCCUCUCAAGACUACUCUUAUUCUUAUACUAGAUACAUAGUUGUUACAACUGCAGCACCUCAUCUCAAAAGGUAUCACGAGUUCUGGUACAUUUUUUUGAAUGUCGUGUUUGCUUUUGUGACCAUGGUUCCUACGAUAUUGUGGUACCAGAGCAAGCUGGCGAUGGUGGUGCUUGGGAUUGUGACAAUCACGGUUAAUAUCUGGAAUGGCGCUUCCUUCUACGUAGAAGUCUUCAGUCGAAAAUACCAAUUGCAUCUGAAUUAAGGCCGUGAAAAUAACACAUACUUAGAACAAAUUGCACUUUUUUUUUCAUUUUCAGUAGAACAACAACAAGGAAACGACGACGACCACGACCACUAUCUAGAAUUUGAAAAAAUCAUCACCAGAUCACUUUGCGUUCGAUGUCCCUGACAAUGAUGAAUUUAAUUAUGAAAACUAGUUCCUCUAAUUUAGGCAGCAGGAGGAACUGCGGACCCUUCGCGCAGAAAAGCAGGUGCGUGAAACACAGAUGAGUGGCGCUGUGAGUACCUCAUCAUCCUUAUCGGACCAUCACGCGAUCGGUUCACCUUCAGCAAGUAUGAACGGAGGAGGGGCUGGAAACAUGCCGCUAUCAAAUACGAGUACAGCAAGCAGUGGGGAUGGCACCAAAAACAUGAAGAGUAGCUAGGGGCGGAACAGUAUUGCAGACAUGAAACUGAGAGACGACACCUGGAUGGACGUACCCAUCAUAGUGAGCUGUAGGACUUUCGAUGUGCGCAUGAGGACAGUAGAGGAGAGACCGAACGAGGCAAGAGGUCUGGGCUUUAAACCUUCGCAAACGAAGCAACCGAUCCAUAUCAGCGAUAAUGUUGUCUGUUGUCU